GGAAAACAAUCCUACUUGUUCGAAUUCUUAAACCCAUACCUGUCGUUGACUUGUCAAGAAGAAACAAAAUCAAUCCCAAAUCCUCUACAAAAAAGAAUGUUGUUCAUCGAAAUCAAAGCUUGAUAGAAAUCAAAAUCGGAUCCGAGAUUCGGCUACUUGGAGGAGAAAGAUGAGCGGAGACGGAGACAAGCCUUCGCCGGCGCCGGGGAAACUAGGCGAUGAGCAAUUAGCAGAGCUCCGAGAGAUUUUCCGAUCAUUUGACCAGAACAAGGAUGGAAGUUUGACGGAGCUCGAGUUAGCCUCGCUUCUCAGAUCUCUCGGUCUAAAGCCGAGUCAAGACCAACUCGAUACUCUGAUCCACAAAGCAGAUCGGAAUAACAACGGAAUGAUCGAGUUCUCCGAAUUCGUCGCCCUCGUCGAGCCAGAUCUGGUCAAGUGUCCUUACACGGAUGAGCAGCUCAGAGCGAUCUUCAAAAUGUUCGACCGCGACGGGAACGGUUACAUAACGGCGGCGGAGCUAGCUCACUCGAUGGCGAAGCUAGGUCACGCGUUGACGGCGGAGGAGUUAACCGGGAUGAUCAAGGAAGCAGAUCGAGACGGUGACGGUUGUAUCGAUUUCCAAGAAUUUGUUCAAGCGAUCACUUCAGCAUCGUUUGACAAUGCUUGGGGAUGAAGAAGAAGGUACAUAAUUUGAAAUUUUCUGCAUCGUGUGGAGAUUUCUUUGUUUCUAGAGGAUUCAUUUGAGCAUUUUGCAUAUUCUGAUUUGAAAGUAUAUGUGUGUGUGUAGUAGGGGCGAUUGCAUACAAAUAUUGUGAGAUACUUACAGUUUCAUAUAUUCUUUUGAUGAACAUUUGAUAGCUUGAAGAGAAAGUUAUCAUUGUUGGUUUCCAA